AUGAUGCCUGCAGCGGGAGAUGUUUGGUUGCUGCCUGCCCGGAUUGCAGUGUGCAUGUUUGGACCCUGGCUCUGGUGCCGUGAUUUCCUCUCCGGUGAGGCACCGAGAGUGCGGCAGGGCGACGGCACGGUCCAAGAGCCCAUCGUUCCACCAGUGGCCGCGCACCCGGAGGAGGAGGAGGAGGAGGAGGAGGAGGAGGAGGAGGAGGAGGAGGAGGAGGAUCUCGAGUGCGUUGUGGUGAGCAAGGCCACGUUCUGGAUGCUUACCUUCUACGCGGUCGCGUGUCCCAUCGUGGCCGUCCUCUGCUGCAGGCUGCCUGACGUCCGUGCGGGCAUGCACAGGCGGAAUCGCAAGAGAACGAUCAUGGAGUUCUUGCUGUCGCUUUUCUGGAGCGUGGCGUCCUCACACCUGCUGCACAAGUGCGUCGUGGAGAGGACGACGGGUGCGCAAGGCCAGGGGUACCAACCUGUCGUCGACGUGCCAGGGGGCCCUGCAGUCGAGAGCCGGCGGCUGAUAUCGGGGGCAGAGGUCCUCGACAACCCGGUCGACCUGCACGCUGAGCUGCACCUCCCCGUCAGGCGGUUGGAGGGGGAGGAGUCCCGAGAGAUUCUCGGCAACCCGAUCGACCUGCACGCUGACCUGCACAUCCCCGUCAGGCGGUUGGAGGGGGAGGAGUCCUUAGGUCUGGAGCUGGAUCUUCUGGACGGCAGGACGAUGCAGAUAUGCGAGGUGAAGCAGGGCGCCGUGGACCGCAUCAACAGAAAGGAGCUGCCCAGGAGCCGGGUGCAGCCCGGCGACUUCAUCGUGGGCGUCGACGGCGUGGAGGGGAACGCCCAGCUGCUGCUGCAGACCCUGCAGGGCCGCCAGACGGAGGCUGGGGGGGGAGUCUCGCCCACAAUCCCCGAGCUCCCUCCCCCCCCGAGCAACUGGUCGCUUGCACCUCCAUCGAGGACAGGGCCCCCCAUCGUAUGUCGCCGAGCUGGGCCCACAACUUUAUGGCGCCCGUCGGAAUUCCACUAA